AAAGCGCUGCCAAUGUUGUGUUGUUAUUGUUUAACUCGUGCUUCUUCAUGAACUCAGCCAUUACUCCAGUUGUUUGUGUUUCCAACUGACAACAUUAAUGAGCAUUUAAUCUGAUCAAUUCUCCUUUUGCCUGCACCUUCCUACCAUCUCAGCUCACUCCUGUUGCCAUCCUCUUCCCAUGCUUCAACAAAAGAUGAGUGGAAGAUGCAAGGGAUGUGAGGAGUGGGAGAAGCACUUCUACUGGAACCAUAUGGAUAAGAGAAGGAUACACUUCUUCAAGUUCAUGGCUGGAGAUUUCAACAAACGCUUGAAACUGCCAAAGAACUUUGUCAAAAACUUCAAAGAUCACAUAUCUGAAGAUGUAACCUUGAAAGGCCCAUCUGGCAGCAAAUGGAGGGUUGGCUCGACCAACAUGGAGACUGAGUUAUGUUUCCGAGCUGGUUGGAAGAACUUUGUCAAAGAUCACCACAUUAAGGAAUUUGACGUUUUGGUGUUUAGAUACGACGGAGACUCUUGCUUUGAUGUGUUGAUCUUUGGUGGGGAUGGAUGCGAGAAAGCUACUUGUUUUCUUAAUCAGAAAAGGAAUCUGAAGAGAAGAGAAAGGGCAGAUGAUUCUGCACAAGCACUAAACUUGUGUGCAUCUUCUCCUCAUGGCAAAACCCUUGCAGAAAUCAGCUCUCCAAGCAGCUCAUAUAAAGGUGAAAAGGAUCAUCAGGCUCAGAUUAAGGAAGAACAGGUUGGAAAAGAAAAGCAAAAGCAAAAGCAAGUGGGGAUUACUACUACUCCUUCCUUGUUUAUCUCAAGGAAGACUAAACUAUCACUCACUGAACUAAAGAAAGCUUCCAAAUUAUCUCUCAGAAUUCCCAAGGAGCAUCCGAAUUUCGUGGCGGUAAUGCGGCAUUUGAAUGUUUCAGAACAACCUUUACUAUUUCCGGAAAGCCUAUCUUCGCAAAGAUAUUUCACAAAUUACUCUCCAAACCCCAACCAGAGCAAAAAGAUGGAUGGUAAAGAUCGCGAAGACCCGAAAGUCGAUUGGCGGAGUGACAUGGAAGAGAUUCGCCGACGAUAACAACUUGAAGGAAGGGGAUGUUUGUGUCUUUGAGCUGACUGAAGCUGAAGGUGCCAAGAUGAUGGUUCACAUCUCCAAGCAUGAAACUUGAUUCUGUGUAUGGAGUGGCAAUUGAGUUGGUUGGUGUACAUGUUUUGUGCCAUGAGACACAGUAUGGGCUGCUGAACCAGUGCUUCUUUUUGCAAGCCUAAUUAAACUAUAUGUAUAUGUGUAUAUAUAAGGGAUUCAGGAUCUAGCAAAAAUAUCCAAUGGCCAUGGUUCUUCACAAACUUCUUCUGAUGAUCUGUAGUCUUGCCUCUGUUUAACAAUUACUUUUAGCUUCUCGGUUGAAGUUACUAGAAGAGAGUGAUUGAUGGUUGCUCA